GUCUCCAAACUUCACUUUAUUUAAAUGGCAUUUCUCUGAAACUUUUCCCCUCCGCGGAUUCUUGUGGCAUUUCGAAGAUUAACCAUUUGACAAGGAUCAGGGGAUGGUUAAUGUGGUGGUGGUGCAAAAAAUAAAAGGGGGUGGUGGGCGGCUAGUGGUUGGGCGCAAAUUCGCUCAAAAUGCAAAUUGAGCCUGUCAAACUUCAAAAGCCGAAAAGCAGAACACAAAAAUCUCAUUUCUGUCGGUUUUGUGCGUGAGUUCUGCUUUUCUGCCGCUUUGGCCUUUUGGCCAUUUAUCAUAUGGCCAAAAGUGUUUGCACUUGUGGUGGUAAAUGCUUGAUGUGUGUUGUAUGUAUAUGACAUGCUCUAUAAGUUUUAGAGAGCCUCCCCUCAUUUUGCCGAUCUGUUCCAAACCGAAAGUCAGUCAGUCAGCAGCAAACAGCAAAACGAAGGCAGAAUAAAAAAUUAUGAUUUAUGACUCUCGCAUGUUUCUUUAUUAUUUUGGGGUUUCGGUUUUGGGGUUUGUUAUUUUGUUUGUGAGAGCUUUUAAUGCCUUCUGCUGCUGCCUUUGAAGAGGCUCUUUCCUUCGCUUCCACUGCAACGACGAAAAUCACUUUUGACAUUCGCCACGCACAAAUCGCGCAAACACAUCGCUUUUGGCCCGGCUCUUGUUUUCCACUUGGGGUCCGGCUUUGAUGCCAAAGUAUAUUUUGACCAAAUGCGGCGAACGUCAACUUCAAAAUGCACAUGCGUGGCCUCCCCGCGAGAACUUUUGGGGUCAGGGUAGCCCAAAGCUAUAGCUGAAAACUGCAAGUCACAAAAGAGAGCUGUUUCACUUAAAACGAUUGCAAACUAUGAUUUUUUCUUAAUACAUUUUUGUUACCACUCGAAGUUCUUUACUUUAAAACUAUUAACUUCCUAACUUAUAAGCCAUAAUUUCGUUGACUAAUUUCAAAUUAUACUAUCAAAAUGUGGAACCAGCAACCUUUUGCUUGCACUUGCCACAUUGACAUUCCUCAGUUGUUUCACUGCUGCUUGAAAAUAAAGUCAUUUGCGGCUGAUUUGUGGCUGGCAUGUGAACUUCCACCAAGUGUGCGAGUUUUUGUUGCCAAUCGAACCGAUUGAUGGCUACCAGAUCGAACAGCAAAUAUCAAAAAGAGAGACAGAGAACACAGAAGCUUGCGCAACGAUCGAUGAAGAUAUAUGCGGAGAGAUCGUGUGGAGAACAAAACCAUGAAUAUGCGAUACAGACGCUGGCAAAAAAAAAGCUACAAAAUUCCAUAAAUUGUUUAACUAAUCAGCGCGUACUAAAGAAUUCAUAAAAAACGAAACAUUUUAACAAUUGUUUUAUUACACUAUUAAAGUAGCAUUGUUAGCUUUAGCACAAGUUACAGAAGGGCAUUAACAAGCAGCUUGUUUAACGAUGUACUCUUUAUAUUAGCGUUAAAUGUUAUCGAUUCUAGCGUUUAUCGAUUGGUAUUUCAUAUAAUCAUCGGUUAAAACGCACUUUUUUUUAACCUAUUGCAACUUGAUUUAUCAACCAUUUUUGAGCGAUGUCACAACUGAUCGGGGCAUUUGCUCUGGUCACGUCGCUUUCUAAAAUAUCCCAAAAGUGUGACCGAUGGGUGACUCAGAAAACGAUUCGGAUUCCCGUCCAUUUGCAUACGAUUAAUGCAAAUGAAUGUAUUGUGAACCGGUGCGAUUGCACAACGAGCAUUAUAAUAACAACACCUAAUAAUUGCGAUACAUAAUAAUAAUACUUCGGUCGAGGAGCACGGACCUGCAUUUAUCAUCGGGGCGUGCGAUGUGAAAACGCUGCAUAAGUACAUUAAGCAUUUGAGUUAUAAUAUAUGAAAAAUAUAAAUUUUGUCCGUACAUCUGCCACCACGAACGUUUAUCGUUUUUUUCUUCUUUGUUUUUGUUUGAGUUGUUUCUCUACGUGCCCCGGUCGCACUCCACAUUUCACACGAGCCAAUAAGUGGAAAAAAGGCAGAGAGCAGCGAAAACUAUGCCCAGCGCCGUCGAAACAUAUUGAGACAUUUUUCAAAAAAAUAUUUUACUUGAAACAGAUCAACUGGAAAUAAAACAGUGCAGGGCUAAAAAAAAGUGUAGUUUUUGUAUAUACGUUUUUUUUGGGACCACUUAGUUUAGUUACUACGCAAAAGCGUAGUAAUAUUUAUCGUUCUGUCGUUUUAGAUUAUUAAUUACCUUUAACAUACCAAACCUUGUGCAAUGUCCAUUUCAUGUAACCAAUUCAUGGAAUGAAGCCUAAAUGCGUGAAAUGGUAAUGCGCAACCAACUUAACUCUCUAUAAAUUAUGUGGCAACGCUGGUAAACGAUUAAAGCCGAAUUUAAGUUAAAUUCUUCUCGCCUUCUUUCUUUUUGCCUCCAGUCAGGGUGAUUUUUAAUUAGUUUUUCUGUUCGCUUUGGCGAUGGUAAAGUACAUAUUAUUAGCUGCAAAACUGUUACUAGCAGAGAUGGCAUACAUGUUAAUUUAACACAUCUGGGUACCUCAGCUAAUAUUAUUUCAUGAAUUCGUUUGUAACGCAUAAACAAUUGCUUUUUUUAGUUCAUGUGAAAAUUCAUGAAACGAUUUAGAUAUAUGUUUUAUAGGAUUGAAAAUUUCUACCUCACUGCGUUACCGGCUUCUGACCAGAAUUAUAACACCCUCUGCUCUGCAAGGGUAUAAAAGCAAUAAUCCACUAAUAUGAAACCAUUUGAGGCAUCCACAAUCGGAUGUCUCAGUUUCCUGGAAACUAUAACAGGGUUCUCUUCUGGUUUUCUGGUUUCUCCUGCGUCAUCGGAUUCCAUUUCAAGCCUUUGGCCGUUGAUGUUGUGGGGGAGGAUUGCUCUCCAUCUCCACAUUGUAAUGGAAUGAAAACUUUGCCAACUUUGUUGUUCGUCAUCUAUUCUGUGUUCUUUUUCUUUUUCUUGGUUCUGAUUCUCUUAUUCAUAUUCCGAAAUGGAUUUGAGCAGAAAGUAGUGGGUGUUUUUCGUGGCAGUAUCUGUAUGUGGCCAUAAAAAUAAACUUUCAUUGUCGGGAGACAAUCGCUGCUGCCUUCUUUUUCUCGUUUUUUUUUUCCUAUUUUUUGCUUAAUUAAAAGCAUUGCCAAAGCCAAACACAGCAGAAAGGCCAAAGGCAAACACGCAGCGUGUGGCGGCGAGUGUACGUAUAGUAUCUGAUAGAUACGAAAAAUGCCUUGGUAGUACGGCGGGCGUGCCCUUUGUCAGCUGUUUUCCAAUUAAGAGCUACUGCAGCCAGAGGGGGUUGCAAAUCUCCUCGAGAAUGGCACAAAAAUUUACACUUUAAUUAGGCGUUUUGAUAGUAUAUCUAUCUGCCUUUGAUUAGUUUGCUAAUAGGUGGUGGUAUGGGGGAUGGUGGGGGAGGGUUGGCUAUAAACCCUAGCUCAGCUCUGCCAUUAACAUAAAAGUUUACGAAUGGGCCCAUGGAUAUACGAGAUUGGGAGGGCUGUAUUUCUCAGGCCAACCUCUACUCUCUACUCUUUAGACGAAAAUGGGCCGCGUGGCGAUUCAAUUAAUUUAUUAUUCACUUAAGAGCGCCACGGGCAAACAAAUUGGGGGAGGCGUUUUCUUUGGCGAUGACAUAAAAAUGUUAUAAAAAUUAAGCGCACACAAGGAAGAAGUUGGAGCGAAACAGGCCAAGAAGUUUUCGCACAUUCCAAAUGCUGCGUCCCACUGUCGUGCCAAAAAUGUCCUCACAACGGGUGGUGCUGCAAAUGGUGGGUGGAUGGUGGUGGUGUUUUUGGGUGGUGCACAUUCACUUAUGAAGAAGGAACGCGUGGCGCAAAUUUUAUAGUUAUAAACAUUUCCGUGCACGUUCCGAGCGUUAAAUUUAAGAGCCACAAAAACAAGACAGACACGCAAAAAUAUAAAUAUGAAAAUUGUUUAAGGGAAGAAAAUGGGAACGAGGGAAAACCGCACGGUUGAGUACCCUAAGAAUUUGGGAUUUUAUAGUUAGAAAAAAAAUAUAGGUGUUUAGUAAAUACAAUCAAACAUUAAAAUAACUUUUGCCAAAAUUAAGCUUAUUGAAAUUUCUUGUCAAAGUUCGUUAAACAAAUAAAAAGCUAUACACCUAAAUUUAUAUUUAUGUCCCACAGAAAACAUAUACUUCCCUGACCAGCGAGGGUAUUUUAGGCCAUAAAACUCAAACUGUCGGCGGCGAAGUGAAUGAAAUGCCUUGAAAAUGGAAAAUUAUGGAAAUGAAUUGGUUGACAGAAGGACUCGAAUUAGAGAAGCUGCCCAAAAAUGCAAAUGAAUGGGGCACCAUGGACCCCUGCCCGAAGCCCCGCUGAGCUGCCAACUUGUCAACCCACCCGGCGAUUGUCUUUCUUCAGAUGGGAGAUGAGAUGUUCAUGAAUCACGAUUCGUGAACCAAAGAUUUCGUGAGGGUGGUCUAAAAUAUUAUAAGGUGCUCUGCCUAUCGUGUAAUCAAGAUAAAGGUACAGCAGUGGAGCCUGGGUGUAUCGUGAGUAAUGGAGACCAUGUAAAAUAUUAUUAAAUGAACAUUGGCACUUGCAACAUGCACUGCUAACAACUCCACCACUCUCUAAAUAGUUAUUUCUAAAAAUAAUAUGCAAUAUGGCACGAUUGUGAAUGAAUCAGUUAUAUAUAUUUUUGGGACCCCGACUCGGAACGUUAUUACUUAUAUGUCCUGGAACUCGAGCGACUGCAACAAAAUCAGCAUGGGAGCAGUCGAAAGUCUGCAUCUGAAUCCCGCCGAACUGGUUGACCACCAGCAGGCCACGGGCCUGUCCGCCGAGCAGCUGGACCAGCUGCACACGCGGUUCCGCAGUCUGGACCGCCACCAGCGCGGCUACUUGACGCCCACCGACCUGCUGCGCAUCCCGCAACUCUCGCUCAAUCCGCUGCACCGCCAGAUCGUGGACGGCUUCUUUCCCAGUCGCGGGCUGGCCGGCGCUCGCCUCGAAUUCGACCAGUUCGUGGAGACCUGCGCCAUCAUCCUGGUGCCGCAGUUUUCCUGCGGCACCCACUCCGACUCGUUCAUACGCCGCAACGGGCGCGCCCAGAAGCUGCGCCUCCUCUCCCAGAUAUUCGACACUCGACGCACAGGCCACAUCACGCGCGACGUCUUCCGCCACAUCAUGCACCGUGUGAUCGAUCCGCUUUGGAAUCAGCCGGAUCAGCAGGACCGCAAGUGCCCCGAAGUGGAGGUCGAACUGCAGCUCCUGGAACAACAGGCCUUCGGGCUCAACGACUGCGACCGGAUUUCGUAUGCAGAAUUUGAGCAGCGUCUUUGCAGCGCCGACAUCGAGGGACGGCUGUCGAUCGCCAAGUGGCUGGAGGACGUCGACGAUGAGGAUGAUGAUGACGAUGACUAGGGCAAUGGUAGGAUGGGGCUGCCGGCGGAGGUCACAGGCACCUACACAUAGAAGGAGAACUCACUCAUUCCCACGUGUUUUGACUAUGUUUACAAUAUUCCCAAAAAUAAAAACAAAU